AGCAUGCCACAGUACAAGCUGACAUACUUCAAUCUGCGAGGACGAGCAGAAAUCAGCCGCUACCUGUUUGCCUAUUCGGGCAAAAAGUAUGAAGACCACAGGAUAGAAGCAGCAGACUGGCCCAAAAUCAAACCAACUAUCCCGUUUGGCAAAAUCCCCAUUCUGGAAGUAGACGGAGUUACCAUUCACCAGAGCCUGGCAAUAGCAAGAUACCUCGCCAGAGAAUCAGGUAACACGCCUGUGGAACAGGCGCUGGCUGAUGCCAUUGUGGACACCAUAGAUGAUUUCAUGACGCUGUUCCCUUGGGCAGAGAAAAAUCAGGACGUGAGAAAACGAGCAUUUGAUGAUAUCCUCACUAACAAAGCACCUGAGUUACUGAAAGAUUUGGAUACUUUCUUAGGGGAUAACAACUGGCUGGUAGGGAAAUCUGUAACAUGGGCUGAUUUCUACUGGGAUGUGUGCAGUACGACACUUCUGUCCUGUAAACCUGACCUGGCAGACAACUACCCCAGGCUUUUGGCUCUCAGAGACAGAGUGCAAGCACUUCCAGCUAUUGCAGCCUGGAUCCAGAAAAGACCGAAGACUGUAAUGUAGAUCAGCUGUUCAGGCUAGAAAGCACAAAUGCAUGUUUAGUUUUCAACAUGACAAGUGUCCUAAGUUAUUAAUUUUAGAAUCAUUUAAAUUAAUUUCAGAUG